AUGUCAACGCUACAGCACCGCAACGUCUCGGACAGCCAUUUCGGCGACAAUAGCACCGUAAACCUGGGCGACGUCGCAGUCCACUACCACCUGCCCCACCGACCGGCCCGCGCCGCCGUGCGCGUCCUACCCUAUCCCCGGAACGAGGAUGUCGUGUACCGCCAAGAUAUUGUCCACGAACUCGAUCGAAUCCUGCCACCGAGAACGACAGAGCACUGCUCUGCAGCACUGCACGGCCUAGGCGGAUCAGGAUGCGCCGACCGCGAUUGCUCCAUCUUCUGGGUGCACGCUGACAGCGAGGCCACGUUCGUUCAUGACUUCCAGAUCAUUGCGAAAAAGCUCGGCUUGGAUACGAGUCUUAGUAAGGAAGAUCUCCUUGAUGCGGUGCGCACCUGCAUCGAGGCGCUGGAGAAAUGGGAGGACAGGAGACCCUGCGAACGAAUCUCUUCGAUCACAUUCCUCGAGCGCCGUCGGGAACGAUACUUUGGACGAGCCGCGAUGAAAGAAUCGCAGGGACGCUAG